GAACGAAGAAAACUUGUGGAGCAGCUGACGUAUGCUGUGUUAAGUAAAGGAAACAUAAUCCAUGCUGCUAGGAUGAAUGUCAAAGACCUGGUCGUCAUAAACAUUCCUCUGCUGAUUACCUCAGAAAUGCUACCUGCGUUUCGCUUUGUGGCCUACUACAUUUUGCCAUGGCAGCAUAGUCCAGACGUGGUGGCAGACUCUGUGUUUGUGGAUGUGGAGGACCGGUGUGUUGGUUCGCUCAGUGUAGGUCCAGUGGAAGGAGAAAAAGCCAAUCCGUACUUACCAGGCAGCAGCAUUAGAUUUUAAGUGAAAGGAGACCCAGGGGCAAAGGUCAGCCUGAUUGCUGUGGAUAAUGCCAUCUUCCUGUUGAGUAAAAACCAUCUGACGCAGAAGAAG